UUGGUAGAGAUAAGAAAUGAAAAGUUCUCAGAUAAUGAUAAAAGGUGAAUAAUUUUGAUAAAAAUGGAUCCCAAAACUUUGAAACUACAAGAAGUAUUUAAAACUAUGAGUUACGGAGAAAACUUUGAGGACACUUCGCAAGCAAAUGAAUGGCUACAGUCAAUCGAAAUUAUGGAUAAAUCCAAUGACAUUGAUAACAUAUUGAAGGGUGUAAAACCAGGCAUUUACAAUCCAGAACCAAGUAAACUCGUAAAAUUGGCUCAAGAACUUGAAAAAAGUGUAACUUUGAUUGGAGAAAUAGAAAUCUUGUCCAGAGGAGUUUUGUCCAAAGAUACUAGGAAAGCUGUGGAGAGUUUAGCUCAGUGUUUUUAUUAUUAUGCUAGUUGUGUGGAAAACCUAACAAGAGACAUAGCGGUAGGAGUAUUUGAAGAUGACCAUCCUCUUUGGCUCCUGGGUCUAUUUCUAGCUCCAGCUUUAGCUUCUGGACACACUGUGGUGUUGCAAGCAGGCACAAAAUUUGCUACUGUAAUCACCUUCAUUUUUGAACUAGCAACAAAAGUUGGGAUACCUAAAGAUGCCCUGGUUCUUAUACCAUCAAACGAGGGCGAUCUUCAGCCCUAUUUAUCUACCGAGGAUGUUUCUAUUGUAGCACUUUUCGUAGACCUGCUCAAUGAUAAAUAUCGUGGAAUCAACAAGCUACACAAGAAAAUCUUGAUUUUAUCACCAUAUAAAACCCCAAUGUUGGUUUUUGAUAACGCGGAUCUGGAUUCUGCUGUGAACAGUGUCGUGGAAGCCGCUUGGGGAUACCAAGGAAUGAUUCCCUGGUCCAUAAACACGGUCCUCAUCCAAGAAAAUAUUUUCAACAAAUUCACUGCGAAGCUGAAAGAAAAAGUAGCAUCAGUCAGGUUGGGUAACGGAGACGAUAAACUGGCAGACAUUUCUUAUCCUAGUAACCGGACUAUAUUUGAAAAUCUUAUAAAAACUGUUGAUAAGGCUAAAGCAUUGGGUAUUGAAAUUUUCGCAAAAGAAACUGCUUCUAGCCAUUUCACACCUACACUGAUUAUAGGUUCUAGGGUAGAUACAAAUAAUGUCUUGACAGCUCCUGUUAAUGAUGGUACAGUAACCUUGUUGCCAUUCAGAUCCAUAGAUGAGGCUGUUAAUUUAGCCAAUAAUAGCAGACAAGGACUGGGUGCUUCAGUUUGGUCUGAAAAUAUUGGAUUAAUCAAUGAAGUUGCUAGGAAAUUAAAGAUGAGUAACAUAUGGAUAAACAGCCAUGGACUUUUCUCACCAAAUUUACCAAUAGUACCACUCAAAGGCAGCGGUACUGGUUAUUUUGGUGGAAAACAAGGAUACACUGAAUACAAAUAUCUAGAAAUGCUAAGCGAACCAUUGUAUGAAGCUUUAAAAACUUCAUUUAAAAAAGUCGAUGCUAUUAACAUUGCAAUACAAUCUGGCAAUAGUGCAAGUGCUAGUUGGAGCAAAACAACUAUUUUUAAUAGGAUAAAAGUGUUCGUACAAAUUGCAGAUUUUAUUAAAGCAAACGAGAAGAAAUUAGGUGAAAAAUUAUCAAAACUUGUACUGGAAAACUUCAAAACUGGCAUUGAAACUAUUGUUUUUGCAUCUCAAGAAGUUGGAAGUUUUUCUCAAAAUGGAUUUAACGUAACAUCAUUGAAAUACCCUAAAGGUUGUUUAAUAAUUGAAGAAAAAAACAACGAGGUGCUUUUGCUUUUGGCUGCAUUAUUUGAAGGAAAUGCUGUAAUUCUUCUAACCGAAACACCAGAAACCCAAGAAUUCUAUCAAGAAGUAUCGAAAAAACUACCUUCAAGAUUACUGACUGUAUUGCCAUAUAGUUUGGACGCAGCAAAAACGGCCUCACAAAAUAAAGAGCUGAAUGGAUAUUUUGCAGCAGAAAAUAAUGCUAUUUUUGCAACUAUUCCUUUGAAGGAAUCAAAUAUAUUUUCAUUGGUUACAAAAGGCAGGGAGAUAGAGCAAAUAUUCAACUUGGUUAGGGUCUAUAAGAAUGUUUGGAGUAAUAUCGGACAGUCCAGUCAAUGUAAUUUAUAAUAUAAUAUUAUAGUCUAAGAAGGAUAUUAUAAAUAUUUUAUAUACAAAUUAUAUAUACAAAUAAAUAAAAUAAAAAUAUUGUAACAAAUCCUUUAUUUAUCUAUAAAUAAUAAAAAAACACAGUUCAAGGUACACUCUAUCUGUAAGUUAAAAAGGUACUCUAAAAUAAUUCAGAAUUGGUACCUUGCAUACUAUAUUACAAACCUUUCUCGAAUAUUGACGUUUUGUUUUAAUCACUCUUUGUGCCUAUUUAAAACCAAUCAAAUAUUUAUAAUGGGUAAUCAAGAAAUAUAAACUUAAAUUUUAUAUUUCCACUUGCUAUUUAAUCCCUAAGCCAUUUCUUGAUUACUUCUUAUUAUGGAUAAAAAUAGAAAUUAAUUUAAUUGCACACGUAAGCGUUUUAUUAUUAUCAACAGGAUAAUUUGAUAGAUACUUAUUGAUUUAAUAAUAAAAAUAAUAAUAAACAAUAAUUAUCUAAAUGAUAAAAUAUCAUCUCUCAGGGCAGUCUUACACAGUCAAGAGUAUUUUUUAGUAUCCUUACCAUUAAAAUAAAUUAAUAUUUCUGUUUUUAUUGACUAAUAGCAUUGGUGAACACAAUGGAAUAUAAUGAGUUUGCAAAACAUAUUUGUAACUAGAAAAUUUUGACUAUUGGACAAAUUAACAUAAGAUAUAUUGAAAAAUAACUAGUGAACUAAUAUAGAGAAUUUGGUCAAUAAUUAUUGCAGUAAAAUAUUAUACAGGAUUGAGUAAAUAAUAAUUUAUACCUAUAUAAAAAAAAAAAUACGGUAAAAAACCUAUGACUAAAUUAUAUGCAUUACUUCGUUAAAUAAAAGCAAGUUCACCUAUUUUUUUUACAAAUUAAAAGUAGGUAUGUAAAAUAUAUUACAAAUCUCGUCUUCAGUGUGAGAUUUUCUAUAAAAUAUACCUGAAGAAAAUGCCUUGAAAUAUAUACAAAGAAUCAGAAACACUUGUAAAACUACUAAAUCACUAUAAGUUAAUUGCACUCAAUUCAAUACCGAACAAAAUGUGCGUUUUUUUUCUUUUUAAAUUAAAGGACACUUUAUUGUACAAUGAAACUUCACACCCUAUAAAAUCUUACUUUGAGGUGAGUUUGUUAAAAAAAUUAAUACAAUGUAUUGUAUGCAUUCAGAAUACCUUUUAUAUUAAUUUAUUUAGUUGUAAAAAUAAUGCAAAUUUUUGUGCUAGGUAGGUAUUACAGAGGCCUGUGGCAUAAAACACUUGUAUAAUCUCCAAUUCAAUUGAAAAAACAAAAAUUUCAAAAUAAAAUAAAAAAACCUUCAUUAUUUUUAUUUAUUUUUUUUUCAAUUUUCCUUUUUUCUUUCUUAACACAAUUAUAUCAAUCUCUGGCUAAUGUCUUUGUUUGUUAUUAUUAUCUAGUUUCUAUUUUGAUAUGGUCCUAAAAAAAUGUUCAGGGACUUUUCAUGCUGUAAGUCACAACCUCAUGUUUUUUUGGUCAGUCCCAUCUUUUUGACUUGUAAAUGCUAACUGAAACAGUUCUAUAAUUACAUCAAGAAGAAAUAGCAAAAAAUUCACUUACCCUUCUAGAACUAUAUUUAUCUAUCUACAACGCCCCCAGUGAGGAUCAUAAGGCCAUUUUGCUCGAAACUGGCGGGCUGCCCAUAAUCUCCAUGUUAACGAUAACUUGCACAAUGUAACCGGGAGGUAUUUUGGCUUCUUCUACGUGUAAUUUGUCCCCUAGGAGUUUGCCACCGUAGAACCAUCGUUGACGCGACGUUUCGAUACCUUCCU